GCACAACACCCUCUCCCCCCUGCGGUCAAAUUGCGGCCGAGAAAACUGAGCUGUGUCCAAAUGCGCACCAGCACCAGGUGAAUUGGUGGUGGUGGGCUCUUGCAGUGUUCAUGUGAUCUCGCGAGGUCAGGGAAGAAGAAAAGACUGGAGUUUCUGAACAGUUGGAGAUGCAUUCAGGCCAGCAAUCUGAUCAAUGUCCUGGUCCAAAUAGUAGCAAAGAGUUCUUGGGGGUGAACUGGGAUUCUAUUGUAAUGCAUCAAAAGAUGGGGUAUAACAGCGGACCAUUUGGAUUUCAAGGCUACCCGUUGGAAUUAGAGGAUAGAGAGGGGCUGUAUAGAUCUCCCAACGGCGCAUUCUGUCAAAACAUCCAAAUGAGUGAUGAUCAUAGUAGUGGUCUGAAGAAAAGGAAAGGAGUAGAUGAUUGCAUUCGCUUGUUGAACACUUCUGCAAGUAGCAGGAUACAAAAUGUUGGUGAUCAACCGACAGAGGUUUCAUCUCAGCAAGAAAGGGUAUCAAUGGAGGAGGACAACCAAAAGAGUUGCUCCAAAAUGCAAAGCAAGGAAGAUUCUUCUGAUGGUGAUGGCACCAAGGAAGAUUAUGUUCAUGUCCGGGCAAAGCGAGGCCAAGCCACUAAUAGCCACAGCCUUGCAGAAAGACUGAGGAGAAAAAAGAUAAGCGAGAGGAUGAAGCUGCUUCAAGAUCUUGUACCAGGUUGCAGUAAGGUAAAUCUCUUCUUUUUGCUGCAAGAAAAUUAUCUGAGACUAUCUUGUGCUGUGCAACUUAAUAUUGUUCCCUCACAGAUCACUGGCAAGGCAGUCAUGCUUGAUGAGAUAAUCAAUUAUGUACAGUCACUACAACGACAAGUCGAGUUCUUGUCGAUGAAACUUGCAACUGUCAACCCUGAGCUUAGCUUUGAUAUCGAGCAGAUUCUGUCGAAACAAAUGAUGCUUUCACAAGAUAGACAUCUUGCUUUCUAUGGAGUCGACCCAGGAUCAAGCGCCCUAGUUGCUCAUUUUAACCAAGGAAUCAUGCAGCCAGAAAUGAUGUGCAAUAUUUCCGAUCCUGUAGAUGUUUUGCAGGGAACAACAAUUCAUGACAUUUCCACAGUUAAUCAGAUACCUGCUAUGUGGGAAGGCCUUCAGAACAUUCCUCAUAUGAACUUCAACCCUGGUGCAGCAGCAGAUAGCAGCACCAACAAUGCUGGUUCCAUGAAGAUUGAAAAGUGAGCAGCUGGUGCCUGGUAAAGCUUCCCUCAGUUGCUCGGUGAAUCAUAAAGCAUUUGCAGUAUCAAUUUUUGUAUAGCUGGAGGCCUAACCAUUCAUUGCCAUUGCCGGUUUCCAUAUCUUGGCUCCCCAUAGUGUAUGGUUUUAUCAUAUGGCAUCUGAAGAUUGUGUACAGUUGGAGCUGAAAAAAAAAACUGAUUCCACUGUAAAUCACUGUUGUGUUUAGAUUGUGGAAAUGGGAACCUUUGUACUAUUCAUGAGCUCCAAGAUUGGGACCAAGUAUUGAUGGGCUUAGGGCAUGCAAACGGGUAGGAUGGACUUUUGGUACAAAAAUUUUAAGGAAUUGAAUCUAUCGGAAGUUCAUGAUCUACACACUAUUUGCAACGAGAACUUGCAGGUUACCAGUGCAUGUGAACAUGUGAUUGUGUGAAGGAGGUGUCAGUCAGCCUGGAUAUGUUCAUCUUGGGAACUAAAGAAAGACAUUGUCUUAUAUUUGAUCGACUUCUGCUGAAUUGAUAUUCACAGGCUGAUGCCAAUUGAGAAAAGGAGUAAAAGAGCAAGAAGUUUAUGUGCCUGAAGGAAAUUAAUGGUCAACAACUU